AGAUUGACAACUUGUACGGGUAGAAGUCAUUUUGGGGCAACCACAGACGAACCUCAACCGUGUAAUGACGAUGUUGACAAAUUCUCUGUGGAUCCUGGAGCUGAUUUUCAGUGACACACCUGAGAUAUAAGCGGGGAAAUGUUUAGUGUUGGAAUUCGGACGUAGAUGUAUCUGUUGGCGUUCUGAUCAUUGACCAUUAUCGAGUCGUUGUCAGGAUGAUGUUGUCGCACACUAACCUUUAUGGAUAGUGAUCUAUUGACUAAUUUGACUACUGCUGAAGGCCCCACGAAGGCACACUGUACAAUAACUACAUAGACUCACUUGGUGCAUUGGAAUAUAGCCCCGGACGUUGGACGGAAUUGAACCAGAUUUCUAACACCUACCUUGAUCCAGACAAAACAGCAGAAUGAUAGAAAACGGUUUUGAAGAGCACUUUGCGUUCUCAGACGACAAAGCACGAAAUGCACGUGCUUCAUCAAGAAGUGGGCGAACAAGCCCGGCGCACAGCGCUCAUGGGAGCCUAAUUCGACACAGUUUAAUGAAGGUUACAGACGACAAGCGCGCCAUGAAGGUCAGAUUCUAUCGGAACGGAGACAAGUUCUUCAAAGGAAUUGUUUAUGCUGUGUCGUGUGAGCGAUUUCGGACGCUUGAUUCACUACUUGUUGACCUAACCAAUAGUCCGGUGUGUGAUCGGAACGUUCUCCCUAACGGGGUCCGUCACAUCUUCUCAGCAGACGGAAGUCACAAGGUGACCCGCCUAGACCAAUUGGAAGAGGGCGAGAGUUAUGUGUGCGCCUCCACAGAUCUCUUCAAACGUCUUGACUAUACAAAAAGCGCUAGUCCCAAUUGGAACGUGAAUGUUCGCGCCAAAGAUGAUGACUCUGCUAUUUCCGGUACAAUGCGCGAGUCACUUAUGGAAGAUAUGAAGGAUUAUAUCAAACCCAAAUUGGUCACGAUUGUCCGGAACGGAUCAAAACCCCGAAAGGCUGUGCGCGUGCUGCUAAACCGGAAGACAGCUCAUUCCUUUGACCAAGUCAUGGAUGAUAUUACGGAGGCUAUCAAACUCGAUUCUGGUGCUGUUCGCAAAGUUUUCACCUUGGACGGGAAGCAGGUUACAAACCUCUACGACUUCUUCCAGGAUGAUUCUGUGUUCAUAGCCUAUGGUCCAGAAAGGUUCUCUGCAGAUGACUUUGACCUUGAUGAUAAUGGGAAGAAAUCGCUCCAGAAAAAAGAAGAAGUGAAGUUGGUGUCCCCAUACAAAGCAGCGCUCUUCAAGGAGAAAAGAGUUACGCUAAGAUCAGCAAAGUCGCCCAGAUCAUCACGCAAGCUAUCACUGUCAAAUAGGAGCUUAAAUGAAGAUUACCAAGAAUCUCGGUCGGCCCGGAGCUCCCCACUCUCAUCUCCCCACUCAUCCCCACGCAUGUCACGCAAGUCCAGUGGUCGCGUUGUCUCUGCUCCAAAGUACAGACUACAAGAAGGACUGGAUGGGGAGAGCUAUGCAGGUCCUCCAAGUCUUGGCAAGAAAUAUGAGAUCGGCCGAAUCAUCGGAGAAGGGAAUUUUGCUGUUGUCAUGGAGUGUAUAGAUAGGACAACCAAUAAAAGGUUUGCCCUAAAGAAGAUUGAUAAGACCAAGUGCAAGGGAAAGGAACAAAUGAUAGAGAAUGAAGUAUCUAUCCUGAGGCAUGUCCAGCAUUCCAACAUCAUCAUGCUGCUCGAGGAGUUUGAUGCCAAGGAUGAGCUGUAUCUGGUCAUGGAGUAUGUCAAGGGCGGUGAUCUGUUUGAUGCAAUAGCCAUGGCCACCAAGUACACGGAACAAGAUGCUAGUGGCAUGUUAAGCAAUCUCACAAGUGCACUAAAAUACCUACACAAUCUCGACAUUGUCCACCGUGACAUCAAGCCUGAGAAUCUACUGGUUAUCCAACAUACUGAUGGAACAAAGUCAAUUAAACUCGGUGAUUUCGGUCUGGCCACCUAUGCCACCGAAGUUCUCUAUACAGUGUGUGGCACACCCACAUAUGUGGCACCAGAAAUCCUCGCAGAAAUUGGGUAUGGGUUCAAGGUGGAUGUAUGGGCUGCAGGUGUGAUUCUGUAUAUAUUGCUCAGUGGAUUCCCUCCCUUUGUCAGCACAAAUAAUGACCAAGAGGAAUUGUUUGACCAGAUUCUGGAUGGCAAGUUUGAGUUCACACCACCCUUCUGGGAUGACGUGUCGGACUCAGCGAAGGAUCUCAUCAGUCAGAUGCUGGAAGUUGACCCCGACAGUCGUCUCUCUGCUGCAGAUGUAUUAACUCACCCAUGGGUCGCUGAUGAUAUGGCCAAGAAUGAUGACAUGCAUGGAAACAUCACCACUAGUAUUAAGAAACAUUUCAAGAGGAAGUCCAAGCCGUCCCUCAGCACCGCUGGUAUCAGGAUAGUCACUAGUACUGCACUAGACAAAGCCUCAAGGUUUUUUCCAGGGAGGAAGGCAGCUCUGACAUUCCAGCAACAGGAGAAUGGAGACGAGGUGUUCUGAUGUGUCCCCUGAAGUGUUCAACAGUAUUAUACUUCCUGUGUCUGCAGGAAUUAAGGUCUUCUCUACAAAUCUGAAUCAACAAGCUGCAGCAAUUUAUCUUAUAAUUAAAAAAACACAACUUAUCCCUGCUCCGAGUUUGGAGAGCGUAAUUAUGUACUCUAAUGAUUACUGAGGGUACUGUUGUAACGGUUACCAACCAAGAUAUGGUUCUCCAGGUUUGGAGUCCAAAAAAUCUAUUAUAGUAGAUCUGUGUCUGACUUUGGACAGCAUACAAUCUCUAAUGAUUACAUAGGGUGCUGUGUGUUGUAACUGUUAUCAGUACAUGUAUAGUAGAUCUGUAUCUGAGUUUGGAGAGCAUACAUAGGGUACUAUUGUAACUAUUACCAGUACAUGUAUAGUAGAUCUGUAUCUGAGUUUGGAGAGCAUACAUAGGGUACUAUUGUAACUAUUACCAGUACAUGUAUAGUAGAUCUGUAUCUGAGUUUGGAGAGCAUACAUAGGGUACUAUUGUAACUAUUACCAGUACAUGUAUAGUAGAUCUGUAUUUGAGUUUGGAGAGCAUAUAAUGUACUCUACAUAGGGUACUAUUGUAACUAUUACCAGUACAUGUAUAGUAGAUCUAUGUCUGAGUUUGUAGAUUUCUGUGUAACCAUGCAAGGCUACUGUCUGAAGCUGGUGCAGAUUGAAUUAUGUGUUUUCCAUCAGUACCGAUAUUACCAUUUUAUUUACCCUUUGUGUCAGGGGAGGUAAUCCACAAAAUGUCAAAAGCAAAACAUUUGUUUCUGUUUCUGUCAAGUCCAAAUAAUUUCUUUCUGUUUUAAAAACAAGUAUAGUAGAUCUGUGUCUGAGUUUUUAGAUUUCUGUGUAACCAUGCAAGGCUACUGUCUGAAGCUGGUGCAGAUUGAAUUAUGAUGUGUUUUCCAUCAGUACCAUUUUAUUUACCUUUUGUGUCAGGGGAGGUAAUCCACACCUGUACAUGUACUUAAUUUAGAGGUUUUCUCAUUUUUAUGCUGAUUUGAAUCAUAAUGAUAAAUACAAAGUCAGUAGUUCUUGCUUGUUACAGAAUUGUACCUAUAUAUGUAAUGAAUUAUGAUACGAGUAACUUGAAAGUCGCUGCUAAAACUCCAUAAAAUUUUGUUUUUGUUGUACAUGUACAAAUUCCAGUAAAAUCUUCCUGUUGACAAAAACAACUUAAAGUGUAGAGUUAAGGUAACUUACAUUUUUGUACUAUAUUUACCAUAUAUGACCUUAUAAACCCACCUGCCCCUAUACACAUAUACAGUCAUAACCAUUAAAAUUCAACAACUCAACUACAGUAUCAGGCAUCAAGAUGACAAUGCAUCCAUGUAAUGAUCAUAAUAGUUGCAGGUCGAGUCAGAAUUUCCGCCAGCUUACAGCAUAUUAUAUAACCUGGCUGGGUGAAUGUCUAAAAGUUGUACAUACUCAUUAUGUAAUAUAAAAUAUAUCAUUAUGCCUUGUAAAUUAUAAUGUAUAUAAUAAAUGCUUUUUAGAAUAACUAUAGGUAGCAGUACCUGUUUACAAGUGUAGAAUUCAUAUUGUUUUUAAUCUCACUUUUGUUUUACGACUUGCAAGCCCAUUUUUUACCUGUUCUGAGAAGCAGCCAAUUCAAGCCCUCUAGAUUUACCACUGGUAUAUACUGUAAUUACAGAUUCUUGGUAUUAAUCAGGUUGAGGCCAGCUGGGUCCUGACUAGUACAUUUGUGAAAUCUGCUUCUACCAUCACUAUGACCCAGUCAGAAUACAGUUUUAUGCAUGGUCCCACUAGUUAGUUUAUGCAGGGUUCAGAUUGAAGAGGAUGUGGUACAGAUACAGGAUAUUGUAUAUAUGUUAUUGUCAGACGCUGGUGCUACCAUUAUUUGUUAACUUUUUAAUUUAUUUUUUCCCUUCAUAUUGAGUCAACAUUAUUUUGACAGGAGUAUUUCUUUGUCAUUCAAAGAUGUUUACUGUAAAUAAUACACCUGUUAUGUACAUUUUUUGUAUGUCGGAUUCAUUGAAUGACAAAAUCUCAUUCCUUCAACCCCAUGAUUUCAUGAAGAACAAAUUAUGGCCCGGUUUUACAUGGAAAUGGCAUUAGUAUAUUACAUUAUCAAAAUCAAUUCUGAAUUUUUGAAUUAUUUCUUAAAGAAGUAAUAUUUUCUUUAAAGGUAAAAGUCUGUGGCAAGUCGACAUAGAAUUUCAUGUCAACAAGAAACUUACAUAUGAAGUGACCUGAGCUUGAAAUAUAUAAUGACUUCACUUUCUAAUUACUUUCUCCUCAACUUUGCCAUAUUUCAUUGAAUAAUUGAAGGCUCAUCGCUAGUCAUUUAAUUGGUUUCAGACAAAAACUAGUCUGCUAUCUUUCUUAUCAAGAUUAUAAAGGUGCUACCCCAAAACUGAAGUUGACCUUGAUGCUGACGCACAAUUCACUUGAUCUUCAUCAAAUAGGUCACAGGUAUAACAGCUUCUGUAGCAGUUUCCAGACAUCGUCAGCUUGUACCAUCCACAAGGUGGCAUAUAGUCUUCAAUUUUGACAUGACAUAUUCAUAGGGUGCCAAGAUGAUAUAUAUCUUGAGAAACCUUUGAUUUCUAGGAUGAGAUGGUUGACUGUUAAACUUCAUAGAUGUCUCUACAAGUAUCAAGAGAAAGGAAAGUCCCUAGAUAGUAUUUAGUUCCUGGUCUGUGUGAACUCAAAGGAGUUCACAUUAACAAAGUUUUACUGUAUCAAUGGUCAAUAAAAUAACUAUUUCAGGAUAUAUACAACAUCAAGGACAUGGACUGAGUAUUGAUCUCUUUCACAAGAGUUCAACUUUCACUUCAGAGUAAAAUACCUUGGAAUUUCUUUUCUAAAACAAUAUAUACAUAAAUCAUGUAUAAUUAUAAUUUGGACACAAUUUACCAGUUACAUCUUUGAAAAGUACAUUUGUAUACUGGCAUAUUCCAAGAAAGGGAAACAACUCUUGACAGAUUUGCCACAGUAAGAUACCUCCUUAAUUAAGAUAGUCCAAAAAAUUCCUGGAUGUAUAUAUUUGUGUUCUUGUUGAAUUGUACCCAACAUGUUGUAUAACGCUUUUAUAGAGCUCUAAUUGUGAAGUGAUUUUUUAAUUAUACAAUGAACUUAGAUUAAAAAAGAACUUGUGAUUUACCAUGUUUCAUAUUAUAAUCAUGCCUUAAGUUUCUCAGUCCCUGGCUACAAAAUUCAUGUACAAGUUUUCUGGUUGGAUGGAAUGGUAAGGCAUUUUUUAAACUGACCAAUCAGAAGACCUCUUCAUGAAUUUUGAGCCAGAACACAAGAUGGCGAGUCUAUUAUGCCCAUUUGAUUUGCUCAAGUGCUUUCAUGAAGUUGAUCAUGCACGCUGCAAUGGUUGUAUGCUAUACAUUGUAUUAUAUGCACAUGAUCUUGUCAGAUUUCCUUUUUUUAUAUAAAAUAUAUUUAAUUUCAGCCUUUCUAUAGACAUAUAACAUGCCUAAGUAAUCUUCUCUAUAUUUGGCUUUUCAAAUCUUAAUUGUGGUAAUAUUUAAAUGCUAUACAAGUACUAGUAUUUUUGAAAAUGCAUUUCUUUUUUCACUCAAAAUUAUCUAAUGAAGAAUUAGAAUGCAUGUAUUUAAUUUUAGAUUGGAAGUUAGUGUUUCAUAUGACGAAUGCUUGCUGCCUUAAUAGCUUUUGAUAUCUAGUUUAGGUUACAGUUUCAGAGAGUAAAUCCUAUAUAUACCAUGAUCUCAAACAUAAGCUGUAUGUAGGUUUCUUGGCUUUUAACCUCUUAAGAUUGACUUUGUGCAGAAUGUUGUCUUGGUUUCAUGACCUUGGCACAAUGUAAUGAUGACUCUUGACCUUUAAUAUUGGUGCAGUGUGUUGCCAUGGUUUCAAGACCUUCGGUCAAUAUAUUACCAUUGCACAAAAUGUUGCCUAUAUUUAUGACCUUUAAAACCUAUAGAUAAAUUAUGUUGCCUUGCUUUCAUGACCUUCAACCUUGGCACAGCAUGUUACCUUGGCUUCACAACUUAGGAAAAGCAAGUUCCCUUGGUUUCAUGACCUUUACAUAGGUACAUUGUUGCCUUGCUUUCAUGACCUUUGACCUUGGUAAAGUAUGUUGUCUAGCUAUAGGUUUCAUCUUUGACUUGGAUACGUUUUUCUUAUUUCACGACUUUUAACUUUGGUAUAGACAUUAAAUCUCACAUCACCUUAUCUGGGCCCCAGGUACAGAAUGAGUUAAAGUUUACUAUUAGGACCCGUCCGUUUCUCAUUUCAAUACAUUUCCACUGCUGUUUCAAUACUUGUACAGUAUUUUUGACAUUUGAAUUUGACUUACCGAAAGUACAUGUACAUUGUCUAUAGGUUCAUGACCCUUUUGUUUGAAAUCUGACAUUUGGACAUGGUUGCCUAUAAGCUUUGCCCGUUUUGCCUUUAUUUACCCAGAAAUGUCUAGCAUUACAUGGUUAGAUCUGUCUUAUCUUUGGUUUGUACCCAUGGUUACAGCAGCUGUAUUCUUCUUGGUGACAGUGUGGGGUAUGUUGAGGGAGGAAAGCUUGUGUAGCAUUACAACAGAUGUCCUUUAUGUUGCUCACGUUGUAUGUUGUCAUUUCAUCACUUUUUAGUGAUUUUAACCAAUCAAAUGAUCAAUAAAGAUUCAAUUCAGAAA